GCGCCCGCGCGGCUGGCGCAGUACGAUGUGCCGGCGCACCAGCCGCUGGCCCCGGAGGGCGCCGCCGAACCGCGGGACACAGCCGCGCAGGCGGGGGCAGAGAACGAGCCCCCACGACACGCCGGAGCCUGGGCCGCCCGGGCGCCUGCCGCGGCGGAGCACACCCCGUCGGUGGCGUCCAUCGGCUCGCCGGUGGGCUCCGGGGCGUUCCGCCUGGCCUCCAGCGCCGGCACGCCCGUGCGCCUGGCCUCCGGCGCCGGCACGCCAGUGUCGCCGUCCUGCCGCGAG